AUGGAGAACCAUCAACCCUGUUGGGUUGAUGACUUCUUGGAUUUCACGUCUAGCAGACGUGGCUCCCACCGUCGCUCUGUUAGCGACUCCAUCACUUUCAUCGAGACGACCAACAUGCCCUCCUUGGAGGAAGAUCAAUCCCAUGCCCACCACCACCACCACAACAACAAUACCAGCUGCAAUAAUAACCAUUCCUCUUCCAAUGCCUUGAUUUCCGCUAAUCUUGGGUUUGACAAGUUGGACGAUGACCAGCUCAUGUCCAUGUUUUCCGACGACAUAUCCUUGUCUUUGCCGCCACCCUCCUCAAACCCCUCCUCCCCGUCCGACCAGAAUAGCAACAAUGACGAGAAACCAUCAAUGCCAACAGAUCGACGCCGAGAAGAAGAAGAAAACAUCGCGCAGCAACAAGCGGCGGUUGCCAAGACUGAGCCAGGAGAGGUGGAGAGCUCAUGCAACCAAGAAACUCACCACCAGCCUCCUCCUCCCACAUCUUCAAAUAAUGAUGAUACCGUCAUGGAUCCGAAGAGGGUGAAAAGAAUUUUGGCAAAUCGGCAAUCUGCACAAAGAUCAAGAGUGAGGAAAUUGCAAUACAUUUCAGAGCUUGAACGUAGCGUGACAACAUUACAGACGGAAGUUUCAGCAUUGUCGCCAAGAGUUGCAUUUUUAGACCACCAACGGCUGAUUCUCAACGUGGAUAAUAGUGCCUUAAAGCAAAGGAUUGCCGCUUUGGCUCAAGACAAGAUUUUCAAAGAUGCCCAUCAAGAGGCAUUGAAGAAGGAAAUAGACAGACUUAGGCAAGUGUAUCACCAUCAAAAUCUCAAGAAGAUGAACGAACUAGAUAUUGGGUUGGGUGUUUGGGAUUUGGAUGGCGUUUUGUAUUGGGAUGUAUGA